GGCCCAGCUGCUGAAUCUAUAUGGUUACACCCAGACAGUGAAAACUGCAUGAAAUGUCCUGAUGAAGAAUGGCCAAAUGAGAAGAAGGAUCGGUGUGUUCCAAGAGUGGUGGAAUUUCUCUCCUACACUGAUGAUCCCAUUGUUGGAGUAUUUUCAGCUGUCUCCAUCCUCUGUUGUCUUCUGACUGGUUUAAUAUUGGUGAUAUUUAUACAUUACCAGGACACCCCCAUUGUUAAAGCUAAUAACCGGGACCUGAGCUUUCUUCUCCUGGUCUCCAUCAUCCUAAGCUUCCUCUGUGUCUUCUUGUUCCUCGGCCAUCCAGUAGAUGUGACCUGCAUGCUGCGUGUCACCUCUUUUGGUGUCAUCUUUUCAGUUGCCGUCUCUUCUCUACUUGCCAAAAGUAUCAUGGUGUGCAUUGCUUUUAAAGCCACCAAACCCGGGAGUCCCUGGAGGAAAUGGAUGGGAGCCAAACUGUCCAAUUCUAUCAUUUGUGUCUUCUCAUUGGUUCAAGUCCUAAUCUGUGUCACUUGGUUGUCUAUUUCUCCUCCCUUCCAGGAUUGGGACAUUCACUCUUAUCAGGGGAAGAUCAUCAUUCAGUGUAAUGAGGGAUCGGUUAUCGGCUUCUACUCUGUCCUGGGAUAUAUGGGGCUUCUGGUAGCUGUGAGCUUCAUUAUUGCUUUUUUAGCCAGGACAUUACCGGACAGUUUUAAUGAGGCCAAGUACAUCACCUUCAGCAUGCUGGUGUUCUGCAGUGUCUGGAUUGCCAUGAUCCCGGCCUAUCUGAGCACCAGAGGGAAAUACAUGGUGGCUGUGGAGGUUUUUGCUAUAAUGGCUUCAAGUUCUGGACUUCUUGGCUGUAUAUUUUUCCCAAAAUGUUACAUAAUUCUGUUCAGACCUGACCUGAAUACAAAAGCAGCUAUCCACUAAUAUGUAUGGAGGAACACUGGGUUACCAGUAGUUAUAACAUUAUCUCUAUUAUUGUUAAUUUUAGUAUUUUGCUAGAGUAUUGAGAAUGAACAUUGUUAUAUAUGAACAUUUAAUACUUACCUCUCUGAUGGAUGGUGAGUUUAAUGUCUGCUCUGGACACUGCUGGGAUCAAACACUUUGGGUUGGUUGGAAACCUUGUCCCCUGCGGGGUGUAGUGGUUCCUCCCACCAGCUGUUACAUCAUUACAGAACAAUAUAGUCACUCAGUGAGGAGGAACCACAGUGACCAGAGGAGGACAAAGUAUCCAAAUCAUCCUAAAGUGUCAGAUACAAGAGACACCAUCACUCUUCAAGAGAGGGAAGAUUUCACUCACCACCUUCCCCGAAGAUAAAUAUUAAACAUGUUCUUUUAUCAGCUGAUUGUGAUGUAUUUUUAGUGU